AUGAAAGCUUUGAUUUUAUUAGUUUUGGCUUUGAGUGCUUUUGCAUUCACUGAGCAAAUGAUGUCUUUAGAAGAAUUAGCAAAUUUUAAUGUUAAAACAAUGGAUUGCUCAAGAUCAGAUCAAUUUUCUUUUAUAGAAAAACAAAUGAAACAAUGGGAAGAUUUAUUAAUUCAUCAAAAAGCCAUUUCUCAUGAUAUCAAGAUCCUUGAAUAAAUGGAAAAAAUGUUAACAACAAAACAUCAUUCUUUCUUAGAAGCAUAAGUCUCUGUUUCAGGAAAGAAGUUGCUAAAGAAAUUACACAAAUUAGAAUUACCACUUACAAAAAGCAAAAUUGGUUUAAACUAAGUAAAAGUCUUAAGGGAAUAAUGUCAUGCCUUAGAUUCUGAAAGUAAAUAUAAAUAAAAUAAAUAUUAUAGAUCACGAGGAUAGAGCAGCUGCCAAAAAGGAAUUAUGUAAAUUAUUGAGAGAAUAUAUAAACAGUCUUAACAAUUGUAGAUAAUAAUGCAGAAGCACUCCAAUUACAGUAAUCAAGAUCAAAGGAUAAAUUAAAGAUAUCGAAAUUAUUAGAGGAGGAUGUACAAGUAAUGGAUCUUAAACUGGUGUUAAGGUAACAUCUGAAGAUGAUGAAACUCACGAAAUUACUAUUCAUCAUCAUCACAAAGGAAAAACAACUUCUGAAACUACUUAAGCUGCUGGUUCAGGUAAUUAAGAAUCAGAAACAUAAGCAGAAUCACAUGAAGGUUAAGAAAGCUAAAAUGAAUAAACAUCAGCUACUGAAACUGGAGAAACAGGUGAAGAGGAAGUGACAGAAGAAAAUACUGAAACAGCUGAAUAAACUAAUUAAGCAGAGGAGGAAGCAGCAGAAGAAACAACUGAAAAAGGAGAAGAAACAACAGAAGAAACAACUGAAGAAACAACUGAAACAACAGAAGAAACAACAGAAGGAACAACUGAAACAACAGAAGGAACAACUGAAACAACAGAAGAAACAACUGAAACUACAGAAGAAACAAUUGAAACUACAGAAGAAACAACUGAAACUACAGAAGAAACAGUUACAGAAUGAUUA